AUGGCUGAAGGAUACCCGCCGCGAGAUGACGAGAUGGAGGAGGAGGAGGAAGAGGUUGACGAGACAAGCUACAAAUCGGUCAAAGAUGCGGUGCUGUUCGCCAUCGAAGUCAGCGAGUCCAUGUUGACGCCUCGUGUGUCGUCCGAUCCGAAGAAGACGGCCAAGGAAUCGCCGACCACGGCCGCGCUGAAGUGCGCAUACCACCUGAUGCAACAGCGGAUCAUUUCUAACCCGCGAGACAUGAUCGGCGUCUUGCUUUAUGGCACAGAGGCAUCCAAGUUCUAUGGUGAGGACGAGAGCAGCCGAGGCGAUCUCUCAUACCCACACUGCUACCUGUUCACGGAUUUGGACGUGCCGGCCGCGGAGGAUGUGAAGAAACUGAGGUCGCUGGUCGAGGAGGAAGAAAAAGCGCAGGAAAUCCUUGUUGCCUCCAAGGAAAAGGUGUCGAUGGCGAAUGUUCUGUUUUGCGCCAAUCAGAUCUUCACCUCGAAGGCUUCCAACUUCCUCUCUAGGAGGCUCUUCAUUGUGUCGGACAAUGAUGAUCCUCAUAGCGACAAUAAGGCCCAACGCUCGGCGGCCACGGUCCGGGCAAGAGAUCUGUAUGAUCUCGGCGUGACUAUUGAGCUGUUCCCGAUAUCUCGGUCAGACCAUGAGUUUGACACAUCCAGAUUCUAUGACGAUAUCAUCUACAAAUCCUCUCCGACAGAUGCAGAUGCUCCUGCAUACCUACAGCCAGACACAAAGGUCGCAACGGCUACCGAUAAUGGUAUCUCGCUGCUGAACUCGCUUUUGUCCAGCAUCAACUCGAGAUCUGUCCCCCGCCGGGCACUAUUCUCCAACGUACCUUUGGAAAUAGGACCGAAUUUCAAGAUCUCUAUCAACGGAUAUCUGAUGUUCAAGCGCCAGGAACCCGCACGGAGCUGUUACGUCUGGCUAGGCGGCGAAACUCCCCAGAUCGCCAAGGGGGUCACCACGCAGAUCGCGGACGACACCGCGCGGACAGUGGAGAAGUGGGAAAUCCGAAAGGCAUACAAGUUCGGUGGCGAGCAAGUCACCUUCACGGCGGACGAGCAACAGGUGCUGCGAACUUUCGGCGACCCCGUGAUCCGUAUCAUCGGCUUCAAACCCCUUUCCGCCUUGCCCUUCUGGGCCAACGUGAAGCACCCGACCUUCAUCUACCCCACAGAAGAGGACUUUGUGGGCUCGACGCGGGUAUUCUCUGCGCUACAGCAGAAGCUGGCGAAAGACCAAAAGCUGGCGCUCGUCUGGUUCAUCCCUCGCCGAAACGCUGCGCCAGUCCUCGCUGCGAUGCUUGCGGGGGUCGAAAAGGUGGACGAGAAUGGCGUGCAGAAAUUUCCGCCGGGGAUGUGGCUUAUCCCUCUUCCUUUCGCCGACGACGUCCGUCAGAAUCCCGACACGACGCUCACAGUGGCACCGGAACCGCUUAUCGACCAGAUGCGCGCGGUUGUCCAGCAACUACAGCUGCCUAAAGCGGUCUAUGAGCCUCAGAAAUAUCCGAACCCUUCUCUUCAAUGGCAUUAUCGGAUCCUACAGGCCCUAGCUCUGGACGAAGACCUCCCCGAACAGCCUGAAGACAAGACGGUCCCCAAAUACCGACAAAUAGACAAGCGCGCGGGCGAUUACGUCCUGGCAUGGUCCGAUGAACUGGACAAACAGUACGAGAAACUCUCCGCCGGUGUCACCAAGACAUCGACGCUGGUCAAACGGCCGGCCGGUGACCGGUCUGGGAAGGAGGAAGGGACACGUCCUGCGAAGAAAGUCAAGGCGGAGACACCUGCGAAUAUCGACGAAGAGGUGCAGAAGAGUUUCGACAAGGGGAUGGUCUCGCGGCUUACGAUGGCCGUUCUGAAAGAUUUCCUGACGGCGCACGGCCGCUCUACUGCGGGAAAAAAGGCAGAUUUGGUGGAACGCGUAGAAGAGUUUCUCGAGUAUAAAUCGUAG